CCAGCGCGAGGGCAGCAUGAACAUGUACUACAACGACGUGGAGGUGUCAGAAGACAUGACGCUGCCGGUGCCGGACACCCUGGACGCCUGGCACCACCACUGCCACCUCAUCCGCUUCCCGCAGUACAGGUGUGACGGGGCGAGGCGCGGUGAGGUCAUGGUGGGGUGGGGGGGGGGCGAGUACACGCUGCUGGUAUUUGAUGGUGUCACUGUUAUUACUGCUUCUAUUACUGCUGCUGCUGGUGUUCGUGUACUCCUUCAGGCUGUACGUGGACGGGGUGCUGGCCGGGUCUGGUGUCAUGGUGGGUCCCAACUUGCCGCUUCAACUCAACGGCACCAUCUACAUCGGGCAGGAGCAGGAUGCCCUCGCCGGCGGUCUUGACGCCAUGCAGUCCACCAGCGCUCACAUUGCACAGAUGAACGUGUGGAGCGACCUGCUGCAGGAGGACGUGAUCGCCGCCAUAGCGUCCUGCUCCACCAACCCACACGGCGACAUCUUCUCCACGGACGUGCAUGACGUGGAGGUGGUGAACGCCGGGGAGGAGACGAAGCAGGUGGCCGCGCUGUGUCUCGAGGAGAUGGACUUCGUGAUUGUGCCGGAGAAGUGGUCGCUGCGCCGCUCCCUUCACUUCUGCAAAACCGCGAACUCCGAAAUGUUCGUGCCUGAGAGUGACGAGCUCAACGCGCGGCUGUUCAACGAGUCCAGGCAGUUCCUGGACAAGUGUGGCGGGAAGAGCUACCGCUACCUGCGCCUCGGGGCGACGGACAGCGCCACUGACGGCGACUGGCGGAGGUUUUCCAGCGGCGCCGCCCUGCGCUACACCGCCUGGUACUCCGGCGAGCCCAACGACGGCAUCAAGUCAGACUGCGUGGUGAUGCGUAAGUCCCAGAGCGGCUGGGGCGACGUGGCGUGCAAGGACGAGUACUGCUUCCCUUGCCUCAAGGACGUGGACAGGUUCCUGCAGAUCCGCGGGCUCUGCUUCUCCAAUGAACACCACACCCGCUUCCUGCUGGACGGCUACGUCAACGGGGCGCCCUUCUUCCGCGGCUACUACGGCCACGCGGUGUUCAUGUCUAAGGGUGGCGCGUGGGUGCUGCACCACGUGCUGACCAACACCACGCUGGCCACCAUGGCGCAGCGCCGCUCACUCAUCGUGGACUACCCGCUGGGGCGCCACGAGUGGCAGGCCGAGAGCCCCUUCUGUCACAACUUGGCGGGGGACACCAUGGAGCUCAGCCUGUCCUUCUGCGCCACCGCAGACUUCAUGUGUGCUGACGGCUCGUGUGUGCCACGCGGCGUGCGCUGCAACCUGCUGGAGGACUGUGCUGACGGCAGCGACGAGGACCGUUGCGACCUGCUGGAGCUGAGCGUGGGCUACAACGGACAUCGCCCCCCGCCUGGCGUCACGCCGCUGGACCCACUGAUCGUCACACCCACCGUCAAUAUCAUCAGGUUCUCGCACGUGGACGACCUCAACCUGGCGCUGCUCAUGGAGCUGGAGGUGAAGCUCUCUUGGACGGACCGCAACCUCAAGUUCAAGAACCUGAAGCGCAACGUGGAGAACAAGCUGUCGGCAGAGGAGGUGCGGCGCGUGUGGCGGCCAGAGACGGAGUUCCUCAACGUGAAUGGCGGACAGCAGCAGCAGCUCAAGCAGACCGUGUUUGUGCAGCAGACAGGCGAGGCUGACCCGCCACUCUUCAACGACGUCAUGAUGGACACCGUGUUCCCAGCCACGGCAGGAAUGUUGGUGCAGCGGACCCUGUACUCCGCCAGCUUCUCCUGCAACUACGGCCUCUUUAUGUAUCCGUUCGACACCCAGCGGUGCUCAGUGCUGCUCAGAUUCGCCACCGCCACCUCCUCCGUCGUCAAGUUCGAGAACGCCACCGUGGAGUACCGUGGCCUAAGUAACCUGGCCAAGUACACAGUGGGCGCCCUCACCGUCACCACAGAGACCAGGCCAGCUACCAACGACCGACUCACACUUCCGUUCCGCUUUCUCUAUCGCCUCUAG